AUGGAUUUGCAGACUUCUUCAUUUUCAGUCGUUUCUUCUCCUCAAAAACCACAAAUACCAGAAAGCUCCCACCAGGACCUCCCACUUUUCACCUCAUUGCCAACUUCUUAUGGCAUCGAAGACCUUUCUUUGAGUUUGGAAAAAUCGUCUCUAAUCUUCGCAAAAGACCGCCCAAAAACCAUAUUUGCCGAUCGAAUCUUUCCAAACAAACGUGAAGGCGUAAGCCUCUUGCCCUAUGGCGCAACUUGGUGCUCCCUCCGCCGAAACCUUACAGGUACAUCAGGAGUUCUCCACCCUUCUCGUCUUAUAUCCUGCUCUCAUAUCCGUAAACGUGUCUUGGACAAUUUAAUUCAUCGCUUUAAACAGGAUUCUGAACAUGGCGGAGGCGUUCAUGUAGUUGAUCAUUUUACGUACACAAUUUUUUCUUUGGUAGUUCUCAUGUGUUUCGGGAAUAAUCUUGAUGAGAAUACAAUUAGGGAGCUUGAAUGCUCACAAAACAAAUUUUUUACUUGUUUUCCUAAAGUGAAAGUCUUUCUUAUCAUGCCAAAUUUGGGGAAGAUCUUAUUUAGAAAUCGAUGGAAUGAGUUUGUAAAUAUGCUUAAAGAUCGAGAAGAUAUGUUUUUGUCCUUGAUUAGAGCCAGAAAGAAAAUGAAACUAGGUGAAAAUAAGGGAGAAAACAUAGAUCAGUUUGUGUCAUACGUUGGUACCUUAUUGGAAUUACAAGUUCCAAAUGAGAACAAGAAGUUUGAAGAAGGCGACAUAGUAUCUUUAAGCGAUGAAUUUAUUAGUGCUGGAACUGAUACGACAACAGCAUUGCAAUGGAUCAUGGCAAAUGUGGUCAAGUACCCUCGAAUUCACGAAAAAAAUUUGGCUGAAAUGAGAGGUGUUGUUGAACAAGGACGAAAAUGGAUCAAAGAAGAUGAUUUGCAGAAGUUGCCUUAUUUGAAAGCAGUGGUUCUUGAAGGAUUAAGACGUCACCCGCCGACUUACCAGGCGGCGACACCGCAUGUGGUGACCGAAGAUACCGAAUUGGGUGGCUACCUUAUACCCAAAGGUACAACAGUGAACUUCUUGAUAGCGGACAGGGGAAGAGAUCCGAAUAUGUGGAAAGAUCCUGUGGAGUUCAAGCCAGAGAGAUUUCUGUUUAGCCAUGGAGACAAAAGUUUUGAUAUAAGAGGUAGAGAGAUUAAAAUGAUGCCAUUUGGUGCAGGGAGGAGGAUUUGUCCUGGUCUUGGUUUUGCUAUUCUUCAUUUAGAGUAUUUUGUGGCAAAUUUGAUUUGGCAUUUUGAAUGGAGUGCUGUGGAUGGUGAAGAUAUUGAUUUAUCAGAGAAGAUAGACAUCACCAUAAAGAUGAAAAAUCCAUUGCGAGUUCAUCUAUCUUCGCGGUAG